UCUAGGCACAAUUUACGUUAACACCGUUGCGCGAACUGUCAAAAGUUAUAAAAUUGUUAAGAAGUUUAGACUAAAGUUUAGUGUGUGGUAGUGUGUUCAUUUUUAAAUUCAGUGAUGGAAAAGAAGGUUGCUAUUAUCACUGGUGCAAAUUCUGGUGUUGGCUUAUCAGUGGCAGAUCGUCUGCUUAUGGCACAUGAAGGAAUACGUGUUUGUCUUGCGUGUCGCAACAAGGGUCGAGCUGAGAAUGCGAGGGCAAGACUCCUGCAACGUCACUCCAGUGCAAAUAUAUCAAUUAUUAUAGUAGACACCAGCUCAGUGAGUCUGUUAUCAGGGCUUCUGAGGAAAUCAGGAAAAAAUAUAGUGAGAGAACUAGAAGAUUAUUUAGGAGGAACACAAACAACACAAAUUAUCUGGACAUCUUCACAGAAUGCUAAUGCAGACGAUUUCAGCUAUACUAAUAUACAACACAGAAAUGGGAAAGAACCGUAUGCAUCCUCUAAGUAUGCUACAGAUGUUGUCAGUGUGGCUCUCAAUGACAGGCUUAACAAAAAGGGAGUAUAUUCUGUGUCGACCUGUCCUGGCCUGGUGAUGUCUAACAUGACAUUUGGUAUACUACCUUCAUGGUUUUGGUUUCUGGUUAUGCCUUUCUUAUUCUUUAUGCGGUUGUUUGUGACAUCACUGACAUGUAAUGCCUACAAUGCUGCAGAAGCCUUAAUUUGGAUAUCAAAGCAGAGAUGUGAAAGUUUAAAUUCCAGAAUCAAAUAUUGCAGUCACUGUUCUAUAUUUGGUAAACCCUAUGUUGCUGAAGAAAAGCUCAAUAUCAGUGAAAAAGAUGCAGAUAACUUAUACAACCAAAUGGAGGGAUUGUAUCAAGGUUUCAAGUCAAAGUACAGAAAUGGCACCAGUAGAACAGCUAAAGACAGUGUCUCAAAUGGUUUACAGAAUGGGAUGCAGAAUGGAUUCCACUGAUGCUGAAGAAAUCCUUUUUGUCACAUUUGUGUACAGUCUCCAACACAGUGAUCUUCCUUGACUCGGCCACCUUAAAAAAUUGAUUCAGUGGCAGUGACUGAUAUACUGUAAAGGAAGGGUUUUGAGCUGAAUUCAGAAAUAUUUGUAGACUUUACACUAAAAUAUUGACUUAUUUAUUUAUGUAGAAUAAUUACUCUUUGUUAAGUUUAUAUCUGUGUUGUUAGAAAUUUUAUUUUUUAAAAGAUGCCUCUUGGUAUAAAGAUAUUGACAUGAGAUUUUUUUCUCAGAUCCUUUUUAAGUGUGUAUACAAAAAAUGUUUCAUAAUUUGAUAAGGUAUAAAGUGUCUGAGACUUUAAAUAUGUAAGCAUUUAACAUUUGCUUUUUGUUUUCUCUUCUUUUGUUAUUCCCAAUCAAUGUUAGAUAUACAUGUUAGAUAAAACUUUGAGCAAAGAAAACAUUCAAAGAUAUCACCCAAAUUAAACAGAAAGCUUUAAUUUAUGAUAUAGGUGAUGAUGAUCUUCAGAAAAUAGAAUGUGUUGUAAAAGUUGUAAUGUUCUUCACAUAACAUAGAAAUUUUUACAUUUGUUUUUAUUGAUCUUUCAUUAUUCAGCAGGCUGGAUUGAUUACAUACAGUCUGUUGGUUAUAACCAUCAGUUAGGAAGCUGAGAAUAGAUAAACUGUAUGCCUAAAUCACAGUGUGAUGAACGCUAUGAUAGUAGCUUUGUGUUACUUUAUGUGUGAACUAACCAUAUGUUUUACAUUUUCUUUUAAAGGCUUAUGUUUGAUUUUUAUGCAGUAUUUAAAAUCAAAAUUUUACUACGUAAAUAUAAUAACUGGACAAUUAAAUAUAGUCUUUAGGACUGAAGUUUGUUAUUAGAUAACAGUACAGAUUAGAGAGCAAUUGAGAGGACACAUUCUUUUUUUAUUUAUAAUUUUACCCCCAGCCAGAGAAAAUCCAAGCCUGAUAAAAUAUAGAUUAAAUUAAUGCUAGCACAUAACAGAAAUAGUUAUAACAUAAAUGCUUAUUAUUUGCUAUUAAAAUUUAACAAUCACUGUAUAUUGCUUGACUCGUUACUAGAACUAAGAAGAAAAGAACAUCAUACCGGUACAAACAGUAAUUGUACACUGACCAGAAAAACUUUAAACAAUAAUUGAGAACUUAUUGCAUAAACAAUAUUUUACAGUCUUUGCAGUCAACUUUGUGUAAAAUUAAAGUAUAUCAUCUUCUUCAAAUUUGGAUUUUCUAAGGCAAAGAGUAAUAUAUAUAUAUAAUAGGGUUAUUAUAACAGUAGCUUGAUCUGGGAUGCAGUAUUCGGCUCCAGUGGAUUUUGCCAGAUCAGAUCUCACGAGGCGCGCAAGCGCAGAGUGUGAUCCAACCUUGCCAAAUCCACAAGAGCCGAAUACAAAGUUCCAGAUCCAGCUACUGUUAUAAUGACCCUUUUAUUAUAUACCUUUACCAUUUUGAUUCUUGUUUUGUUCUUGAACGAACUCUUCAAUGUUUAUUGAUAUUAAAUGGAACUUAGUGAAGUUUUUAUGUGCACUAUUUAUAGAAAUGUGUCCUGUCAAGCAUAUUGAUGAAAAUAGUCCGGCAGCAUACAAUACGGAAUUUAAAAGGUACAAUGCGGAAUUUUUUUUUUUAUGACUGUUCAUAUUUUAUUGUAAAAUACAAGCCUAUUUUUUACAGAAUUGAUAUAGGUAUAUAAUAAAUAAAUAUAUAUAUAUAGAGAGAGAGAGAGAGAGAGAGAGAGAGAGAGAGAGAUGGUACCAGUCUAUAUCGUUUAGGACUGGUUUUUCUGUAUUUACAAGUGUUUUAUUAUGCCACCCUUCGAAGGGGUAUAUUGUUUUGCAGAUGUUUUUUAUGUAGAAUAAGUGCAAGAUUUCCAUCGUUUUUGAAGCAUUACAGCUAGAAGAGGUAAUAUAUAGCUUUACAUACAUGUGUUUUGCACCUGUAUCAAUUUCAGUGCCUUUAUUUUGUUGCACAGUAAACGUUAAUGUUAUAUCCGAAAAAUGUUGCAUGACUAAACAUGUCUAUGUGAUAUAAAUUUUAGUAUUUUACUUAAACAUUUAGGACUAUUUGUUGAAACAUUGUUUCAAAUAUUUUAUAAAUUUACGCGUUUUAAGUGCUUCCACUUUGUUGUAGAAUUGUAUUAUCAGGGAUAUAGUUAAGAUUUAGAGUGACUUUAGUCAAAGGUUAUAAAGCUGAGUUCACUAUAAACAAUCCAGCAUUUGAUUGGUUAAUUUUGUGCACAAUCAUAAAACUGACCAAUAACAAAGUUGCUUUCUGAGUGUCUUCAUACACAGUUUUAUAACCGUGGAUCCUGUUUUAUAUCUGCUCGAACUGCAAGAUCAAAAAUAUAAUUGUGAUUUUACUGCUUGUUAUUUUAAUAAAAUAUAUAUGAAUGUUGAA